AUGACAUCAAACAGAAUAAGAAUUCAUGUAUACUUCGGCUCUCUCUGCAAAUCAGAAGUAAUUGACCAGAGCGUUCCGUUUGACAUUAGUUUCUCGAAGAUCUUGCUGAACUUGGGCAUCCCACCUGAAAAUCAUAACAAGUAUGUGAUGAAACUAACUAAUGGAGGUGUUGUGGAAAGAAGUGAAGUGCUUUACCACGAUGAUAGAGUUAUCAUAUUAAUCAGAGAUGAUAUAAUUCCCCUGCAAUAGCCGAGUUCAUAGCAAUAGACUUCAUCUUAAAACGUUAAAAGUGAGAUGAUGAAUCCAUAGAAUGUUGAUAUGACUCCUGAGCAGGCAAUAAAAGUUAAAAAGGAACUCGAGUCUAAUCAGGCUUUGCUUGAUGCUAUUAAUAGCAUUCACCUGAGAGACUUCAAUCAAAUAUUUAGAACUUAUAGACUUGCUCAUAUGGAAUAAAAUCAAAAACUAAAGAACGAAGUAAAUCACGAAAAAUCUUCUAAGCACCAUGAUAAGCAUAAGAAGUCAAAGCAUUCAGCUUUGAUCAAUAAUUUGGAGUCUCAGGAUUUGAAGCAUGAAAGAAUUCAGUAUAAGACACUUCUAAAGAAGCGUGUUAGAAGAGAUGAAGAAAAUGAAGAGUAAAUUAAAAUUGAGGAAAAUUUGGAUGAAUGCAAUGGAGGCAAACUCUGGUCAGAUUGCAACGUAGUCAGGAAAAUAGACUAUGAUAAUCUUGAGGUUCUGUUGUAUAAAAAUCAGAUAAAUGACUAUCAUCAGCUAAUAGAUCUAAUUAACAUAUGGGCAGUAAGUCUAGGUUUCCUAGUGAAGCUCAAGAGGUCUCCGAAACUAAAUGCAGAUGGAAGUCAAACUUUGAGGCUCUAUUGCUAGUCAUUUAAAAGAUCAGAGCCACUUGAUGGGGUUGAUAGGAAGACUUACAAUUAGAAUCCAAGUUGCCAUUUCGCUCUCACUUUUAAGCAAGACGAGAAGUCUGGCUGCUGGUUGAUGUAUUAAGAAUAUUUAUUGGAAUUUAUGAAGCAUAACCAUAAACUCGAAAAGCGAAGAUACGACUCAAUAAGAGAGUAUGUGAAAGAGUACCAUGACAAGGUAAAGUCACUUUCUGAACUAAAAGAGUUGAUUUAUGAUAAAUUUGGCAUGGAAUACACUCUGAAUCAGAUCACCUAUUUCAAAGGAAAAUGGACUGGGGAGGCUGUUGCUAUUGAUAAGGAGCAUUUUGAAAAUGAUAGCAUGAAUUUGCUUAGGUUACUUAAGAGGGGAAAUGAUGAUUUCCUAGAAGUAGAGUUUGACCCUAACGAUAAGAAUAAUAUUACCUAUCUGUUUUACUCUAGUGGAAAGAUGAAAGAGCAGUAUCUUAAGAAUAGUGAUGUGAUAUUUAUUAAUAAGAGAUUUAGCUAGAAUAGAUUCAAGAAGCCGUUGGUUAUGAUAUUCACAGUGAGUAACACUGGCAAGUCUGUGCUUUUGGCUAUUGUUUUAAUUGAAAAAGAGGAAACUUCUUAUUUCUAGAGAAUGGCUUAAUGCUUCUUAAAGCAUAUGAAUAACUCCUAGCCAGAGACAUGUAUCAUUGAAAGACAAUUAAAAUUGUACUAAGCUUUAAAUAAUACUAUGUAAAAGACCAAAGUUCUGUUUUGCUUUCAUCAUAUUUAGAAAACUUUCAAAGCUUAGUAUGCAUUCCUUGAAAGAGAGCGACCAGAAGAUUUCAUGAAGAUUUAAGAGCUUCCAAUUAUUGAAAAUGAGCAAAUAUUUGAGCAGCAAAUCUAAGAGGUUAAUAGAUUUAACUUUGCAAAUGAAUACUAUAAACUUAUCAUUCAUAAACUUAGCAUCGAAAAAAAGAUAUGGCCAAAGUGGGUACAUUUGAAGCAUUUUACUGGCGGUAUUUGUGCUACCCAGAGGAAUGAUCAAAUUAAAUUGUAUCUGAAGCCUGCACUUAAGAAAAAAGAAUGUGCUGUCUAAGAGGCACUAAAGAGGCUGUUGACUAUAGAUUAAAAAGAGUUUAAGCUCUCUAACGAGUUCUAAAAAGUAUCACCUAAGCAUGAGCAAAUUUUCAGAGUAGCACAUUUUCUCAAUUCUAAAGUAAAGGAGCACUACACGUUGUAUGCAUUCCAGAAAAUCAAAUGGAAUAUAGCUAAAGCAUUUAGAUUUGAAAUCAGAGAGGAAACAGAUGAUAACUUUAUAGUUUAACUAAAGCCAUCUAACAUGCCGAAUAAAAAGCCUUGGCAGCCAACCACGUUUUACAUUAGAAAGACAACAACUCCUUAAAACUUGAAAACAGGAACAUGCGAGUGCCAUGAAUUCUCCCACUCUGGGUUCCCAUGCGCUCAUCUUUGCUUGCUAAACUAUAAGAAUAAAAUAGAGCACAUGGACAUAGCAAGCAGGUGGUUAAAGACAGUUAAUGGCAGGUAAUAAAUCAGAGUUCAAGGUGAGGAGAAAUCUCACAAGAGAGCGGUUAGCGGUCUGGAGGAUAUAGAUUGCAAUCCAAGCAUUACCUAGUCAGUAAUGUGCGAAACCUAGAAUAAUUAAUUUAUUGAGUCUCAGAGUGUUGUCAAUAACAACUUCCCGACAACUCAAGACAUCAGAUCUCAGUUUAUCGUAUCAUAAUAGCAUUAGUUGCUAUAGAAGAGUGCGUAAAAAGUAAGGCAAUUCGGAGAACCUGCUUCUGAGGAUGAAGGCGACGAUGAUGAAUAGAGUCAAGCUACGUAGGAAGAUAAUAAAAAUGAAAAGAAAGCAUCUUAGUCUGAUAAUGAAGAUUUAGAUGUUACUAAAUUCCUGAGAAAGCCUAAGGAUAACUAUCAAAACUAGAUAGAAUCAGAUGAAAGUUCUUAAGAUAAGAUACCUCUAAGAACUGCAACUUCAGUUAGAAAAGAUAAUCAAACCUAGAAUAGCCAAUAGAGCUAGGCAAGUUAAUAAUUAAAUUAGGAUUAACAAGAAAAUCUUAAAAGUCAUGAUAAACCAUCAGAAGAGAAUUACUCCUAAGAAGAAUUAGAUACAGAUGAAGGAGAAUAAGAAGAGGAUGACAACGAUGAAAUCAGUGAAGUUUAAAAUGGAGGCUAAAAUGGCAAUAAUGAAGAUCAGACUUAAACUAUAAUUAAGCAGUUUAAGGCUUUAAUAUUGAACAAAAGCAAGCGGACCCUUAAGUCUAGUAGGAAAUUUAUGAAAUACAUGGUCAGAUAUCAAACAGUUAAUUAACAAUGA